CGGGGACAAAGCCGGGUGACACCCGGCCGCCGCGCUAUGUCCGGGUGGUGGCCGCCGCUCGGGUGGCCUUUGCCGGCAACUGGUGACGCCCGCUGGGUGCUGGCCCGUAUUGGGUGCCCCAUGGCCCGCCCCCCCCCACUCUGUGGCAUGGGGGGUGUGGGGGGGGGCCAGGCCGUGGGGUGCAGGCGGGUGGCCGGGGUGGGGGGGGACACGCACAGAGAGCGGCUGGACGCCCCCGAAGCCACCCCGCCAUGCUGGUGCUGCUGGCCCUGGCCCUGGGGGCCCGGGGGGCAGGCGCCUUCGUGAUGCACGUGGCCAGCUCCUGCCCGCUGGCGGCCAACGGCUCCGUGCUGGAUUUCGACUUCAGCAUCGUCUUCAACAAGAACCCGCUGGUUUGCUACGACCCCAAUCACCGGCUCUUCGUCCCCUGUGACUGGGGGCUGCUCCACCAGGUGGCCACCAGGUUCGCCACCGUCCUCAACAACGGCAGCGCCUGGGUGGAGCGCGUCGAGGCCCGGCGUCAGGCUUGCCACCAGCUGGUCCCCCAGUUCUGGGCCUCCACGGGGCUGCGGCAGACACCACCCCAAGCCCUCAUCGUCUCCUCCAAGACGAGAAACGCCCGGGCACCUGUCCUCCUCACCUGCUACGUCUGGGGCUUCUACCCCUCCGAGGUGACCGUCAUCUGGCUGCACAACGGGGACAUCGUGGGUCCUGGUGACCACCCCCCCAUCUCCGCCAUCCCCAACGGUGACUGGACCUACCAGACGCAGGUGACCUUGAUGGUGGCCCCGGUGGCCGGGGACACCUUCACCUGCUCGGUGCAACACGCCAGCCUGGGCCAGCCCCUCCUGGAGGACUGGAGUCCUGGCUUGUCCCCGGGGUUGACGUUGAAGGUGGCGGCGGCCACCGUGAUGAUGGCGUUGGGGCUCGGCUUCUUCAUCGCCGGCGUCUACCAGUACCGGGCCAGGCCACCAGCGCCGGGUUACACUCCCCUCCCCGGAGACAACUACCCCGCAGGCAGCAUCUGAGGACCCCCAGGACGGUGACGUCCCGGCCCCGACGGCUCCUCCGCGUCCCCGUCACCCCGGGGGUGACGGCGCGGUGCUCGCAAUAAAGAAGCUCCAGGGUG